CACUAUGUUGCUGCUACUGGCUCUGGUGAGUGUGGCCCUGGCUCAUGCUUCUGAGGAUCAACUUGAUGGCAACCGGGUGUUCCGUGUUAGUGUACAUGAUGAAGAUGACAUCAACUUAAUUCAGGAGCUGGCCAACACCAAACAGAUUGAUUUCUGGAAACCAGAUUCUGCUACGCAAGUGAAACCUCUCACAACAGUUGAUUUUCAUGUUAAAGCAGAAGAUGUUGCCACUGUGGAGAACUUUCUGGAGGAGAAUGAAUUUUACUAUGAGGUAUUGAUAAGCAACGUGAGAACUGCUCUGGAAGCCCAGUUUGAUAGCCACAGCCGUGCAACUGGACACAGCUACACCAAGUACAACAAGUGGGAAACGAUAGAGGCUUGGGUUAAACAAGUUGUCACCGAGAAACCAGACCUCAUCUCUCAGGACAUCAUUGGAACCACAUUUGAAGGGCGUAACAUGCAUCUCCUCAAGGUUGGCAAACCUAAACCAAAUAAGCCUGCCAUCUUCAUGGAUUGUGGUUUCCAUGCAAGAGAGUGGAUUUCUCCUGCAUUCUGUCAGUGGUUUGUGAGAGAGGCCAUCCGUACCUACGGACAAGAGAUCCAUAUGACAGAGCUUCUUGAUGAGUUGGACUUUUAUGUUCUCCCUGUGUUCAACAUUGAUGGCUAUGUCUACACCUGGGCAAAGAGCCGAAUGUGGAGAAAAACCCGCUCUACUAAGGCUGGAAGUUCCUGCGUGGGUGUAGACCCCAAUAGAAAUUUUAAUGCUGGUUGGUGUGAAGUGGGAGCUUCUCGGAGUCCGUGUGAUGAUACUUACUGCGGACCAGCCCCAGAGUCUGAAAAAGAAACAAAGGCCCUGGCAGAUUUUAUCCGCAAAAACCUUUCCUCCAUCAAGGCCUAUCUGACAAUCCACUCAUACUCCCAGAUGAUGCUCUACCCUUACUCCUAUGACUAUAAGCUGCCUACAAACUACGAAGAAUUGAAUGCCUUGGUGAAAGGUGCAGCAAAGGAGCUUGCCACUCUGCAUGGCACCAAGUACACAUAUGGCCCAGGAGCUACAACAAUCUAUCCUGCUGCUGGGGGCUCUGAUGACUGGGCUUAUGAUCAGGGAAUCAAAUAUUCCUUCACUUUUGAACUCCGGGAUAAAGGCUUCUAUGGAUUUCUCCUUCCUGAGUCUCAGAUCCGCCAAACCUGUGAGGAGACAAUGCUUGCAGUCAAGUACAUAGCCAAAUAUGUACUAGACCAUCCAUAUUAAUGAUAAUCUGAACCAAUUUAUUUCAAAAUGCUUACUGUUCUUUUCUUGUCUGUGUUUCUUGACUGUUUGUUUGAAGGCUUGCAGACCCUAAUCUUUCUUUUAGUUUUCUGGGUGUAUUGACCGGCUUGGGCCUCUAAAAGCAUCCUAAUAAAAUCAUAUCA